AUGAGUCGGCCUUCUGACGUGAACAUCUUGCAUCUUGGAAAUGGCCAGUGGAACAGGCGUACAGGCAUGAAUCGAGCCGAUUUCAAGUAUCAGUCUUUGCACCAGAAUAUUGCGACACCGACGCAAUCGCCAUCGCCAUCAAAUAUGCCACCCAGCGCUACUACGAAAUGUCCGACAGACGCCCAGAAGUCUGCUGUGAAGGAGGAAGCAAAAGACGACGUAACCCGCCCGCCAGACAGCUCAUCCGAUGAAGAAGAGAACUCUGCGGAUAUAAGAAGGACAAACUUCACCACUAGGCAGGAAGAGUCAGAGCUAGCAGAGCCUAGCCCUUCUACUGCCAGGGAAGUGAAGACCGGCAACGAUGUCUAUUCGAACAAGGAAAACCGUACCACUAUGCAAAGGAGCCAAAGGAGCCAAAGGAAUCAGAAUCUGAUAUCAAACUCAAGUAGUCCUUCAGUUGUCUCUACGGGCAGUGUAAAGAGGAAAAUGGAAGAAGGAAAAUUGAAACUUGGUGCGGGUAUGACUGAUGCGCUUGGAUUUACCAAAGUUGCUGCUAAACGUCCCAAAUAUGGCGACAAAGCAAAGAAGCCAAUGAAGUCAAGCAAUCCGAAGAUUUUUGUUUCAAAAAGCAAGGCUGCAGCACUGAAGAAAUAUAUCGUGGACGACAGCCCUGAAAAACCACGAAUUGGGAUGAAGACCUACGGGCUCUCUAGAUCCCCCUCUCUCGAAUCAGAAGACGGGAAGCGAAGCCUUCCCUCAGCUACAGACGAAGUGAUCAAGCCGGGCUUUAUCAGAAGCAGGUGGGAGGUCGAGGACUCGGACGGCCCCGAUCAUGAGACUGGCAAGCCACUCGUGUCUCGUGGUCUGAAGCAGCCUCUUAUGUACAAUUCUCCAGAGAAGCCGAAAGGUGCAUUCAAGUCUUUGAAUAUUGGGCAGCAUAGCGAUAUCGUCUCCAAGGCCAAGGACCUCGUAGAUCAGCACCGAGAUAUAUUUGACCCACUAUCUGAGGAUGAUAACGACUUCCUUACCAUGACUCAGCAAGCUCGCUGUCCAAUGUGUAACGCCCAUGUCAGCCCUGACACGAUCAGAGAAUUUACCAAAGCCGGCCGCAUGAACAUCCGCACACAAGAGAAGUUUUGCAGAGCACAUCGAGUUAAAUCUGCAGAAGACGACUGGGCAUUACAAGGUUAUCCCGAGAUCGAUUGGGACAAGCUGGAUUCUCGGAUCUCGAAGCAUCACUCCUUCAUCAAGAAAUUGAUCAACGGACAAGAGUCCCAUUACCGAGAUCUUUUGGGCGAGAAGGUGGAGUCAGGCAAGGACCGGAACCUGAUGAAGAUGACUUCAAAUCUAACACCUGGGUACUACGGUGCCCGUGGCUUGAGAGCAAUUUCCGAGAAUAUCUUCCACAAAUUCACGCCGCUACUUAAGAAGAGGAUGAUUCAGGACCCGUUAAUGUCUGCGAGGGGAUACACUGCUUAUGUGCAGACUGUUCUAGUUCCCGAGGCUACUGUUUUAUUAAUCCAGGAAGACAUGAGUGUUGACGCUGAGAAAGCGAGAGAGAUAUUAUCAGAUAGCGUUGAAGUGGGAGAACUGCUCAAUGAAGAGAUUGAAGACAUAGUCAGGAAGAAAGUCUUUGAUAGUGCAGGCUCGGGAGAUUCCGGCGAGUGA